GAAGUCUCAAGACCUAAGAAUGACUCAUUGCAGCUGUCAUAUAGUUAUUGUGUGUACUUCAUCCUGCCAUGCAUUUGUAUGAAUGACCUGCAACAGGAAAGGGACGUAUUGCAUCUGAUAAAAAGGGGUUUCUGCCCUUGUCUGCUCUUAUAUGUGUUGAAAGGCAGAAGAAGACAGAACAGAAGACGCCAAAAAAACUUAAUGCUGGGAGGGACACCGAACACUAAAGUUUGUAUAAUGACGACACAAGACACUGACAAGAAACUGGUCCUAUUCCUGCAUAUUUCUCUAGUGGUGGUGUACUGUGCCCACACGCUCUUAGCUAGCUCAAUGGAUAUAUGCAGUCUAUGCCAUGCAAAUGCCACAUGUACCAAGGAAAUGAACAAAUAUGUCUGCAAGUGUAACUAUGGACUGUUUGGAAAUGGAAUGACAAGUUGUAGAGAUAAAAAUGAAUGCCAAAUUGGAACACAUCACAUCUGUGGGAAUCACACUGUCUGCCAUAAUACACAUGGAAGUUUCUUCUGUGUUUGUCUCAAAGGAUAUCGUCCUUCGAAUGACAAAAACAACUUUAUACCCAACGAUGGAACUUUCUGCACAGAUAUCGAUGAAUGCACGGUACCAAGUAUCUGUGGAAAUAACAGCCUGUGUAAAAAUACGCCAGGAGGUUAUGAAUGUUACUGUAACAACGGAUUUAAAGAACAGAAUAGCAGAGAUGACAUUCCAUUUCCAAAAAAUAACCAUAUAUCAUCUUGCAUGGAUAUUGAUGAAUGCAGUGUAUCAAAUAUAUGUGGUGAUAAGAGCCAAUGUGUAAAUAUUCCAGGGAGCUUUGAAUGUUACUGUGAGAAGGGGUAUGUGCUCAAAAAUGGCAAAGAGCCCUUUCCUGCAAAUGAUAACAGUUAUACGUGCACAGAUGUGGAUGAGUGUGCUGUCUCUGAUGUAUGCGGCUACUUCGGUCGGUGUAAAAAUAUUCCGGGGAGCUAUGAAUGUUACUGUAAAGAGGGAUAUAAGCUACACAAUGGUACAGAUCCCUGGCGAGAAGAUCAUAGCAAGGCUCUUUGUACAGCUGUUGACUGUGGAUCCCCACCAGUGUUAUCCAGUUCCAUCAUGGAUAGUCCAUAUAACAGCACGUUUGGAAGCAUGGUAACAUACAUAUGUGCUCAUGGUUUCACUGCAGGCAGUGGUCAAAACACAUCUUUCUGCACAGCUGAAGGACGGUGGUCUGAAGUCUCAUUGGUGUGCAAAGUUGUUGACUGUGGAUCCCCACCAGUUCUCCCCAGUUUAAUCAUGGAUAGUCCAUAUAACAGCACAUUUGGAAGUAUGGUGACUUAUAGAUGUGCUCAUGGUUUCACUGCAGACAGUGGUCAAAACACAUCUUUCUGCACAGCUGAAGGUCGAUGGGCUGGAGCCUCGUUGGUGUGCAAAGUUGUGGACUGUGGAUCCCCACCUUCCAUUCUACAUGCUUCUACAGGAUUACAAAGCAGCACUGUCUACGGAAGCAUACUCCUGUUUUGGUGCCAGCACGGUUAUACGGUUGAGAGUGGAAACGGUACUGUAUUUUGUGGUGAAGAUGGACACUGGGUGGGAGGUGACCUUGUUUGCAGAGAGGUUGACUGUGGAAUGCCUUCAGUAAUUGAACAUGCCAAUAUGAUUUGGAACAACCAGACCACACUGGGAAGCUCUGUUUAUUAUAUGUGUAAGCCUGGUUUUCUGCAGAACGGUGAAAAUAAUGUGUCUCUCUGCACAGCAGAGGCUGUUUGGGAAGAACUGAACAUGACCUGCACAGUAAAGGAGGGUUUAAUAAACGACAUUUCCAUUUUCAACAAUACAUGUAUACAAUGGAAAAAAAGUAUUGAAAUUUUAGAUUGGAUCAUUUUGUAUAAGUUUAGUAUCUUUGGAACAAGAUGGCUCCAGAAGGACUUUGUUGCUGUCUCCACAUUCAAUUAUACUACAGACAAAACAACACUGAAUGUAUGCUUAGAGCUUCUACCUGAAACCAACUACACUGUGACUAUCACAGCUCUUUCAGCUGAUCUGCCAGUGACACAAAUGAACGUAACACUACAAACAGCUAUGAAAGGCCGAUUUGGUAACAUUGUGGUAUUCAAUGGAACAUGCAUGCAGUGGACUCGAAGUUCUAAUGAGGAAGCUUUACUGGACAUAUACACAGUAUUCAUUCAUGGCAGGAUGUGGUCUUUAGGAUACAAACUUCCGAACAUCAUUUUCAACUUCAGUACAGACAAGAAAACCCCUGUGCUGUGUUUAGAUCUUCCUCCAGCAGCAGAAUAUUUAAUAAAUGUUACAGAAUCUUCCACAGACAUUUCUAACCAUGUUCAUCUCAACAUUUCAGAAGAUGAACUUGAAAACACAACCGGCUCAACACUGUUAAAUAAAGUUUGUUUACAUUGGAAUAAAGGAAUGGAUGACUUACAAGAGGUAAUGAAAAUGGACCUGCGGGAAAUAAGAUGGUAUCCAGCGAAAUUGGUUCCAGAAUUGUUUUUUAAUAUAAGUACAUUAGAAAAUACAUCCGCCUGUUUGGAUCUCCCAGAGUACACACAGCCAAAAGUAGAAAUGACAGAAACUCCACACCACCAAAAUAACCAGUCUACUGCAAUAUAUGAAGAGGGAUACUUUAGCAAUCUGACUCUACUCAACGAGACUUGUUUAUGUUGGAAAAGACAAUCAAGAAUCAAAGAGAAGUAUAUGAUUGUCAUAUAUGGAGUCAGGUGUUACGAGACCAACUUCAUACACAAAGUGAUUUUUAAUGUUACCACAAAAGAGGAGAUCCCUGUACUAUGCUUAAAAUUGGAGCCAGGCACAAAUUAUACUGUGACGCUUAUCCCAUUCUUAGACCAACAACAUUCUGCGCACAUCAACAUAAUGACCAACAUAACAGAUCCACCACUCCCUAAACGAAUAUUUGUGGAAGAACAUGGUCCGACGCCAAGAUUGGGCUUCGAGAGAGUUGAGCAUAAAUAUGGACCAAUAAGUUCUUAUCAGGUGUUUGUGAUCAAUAUGGUAACAGUGUGCUCCUUCACGUGUGAGUCUCUGGAGCCUGUAACAUAUUUUUCUGAUAAAUCCAAAGCUCUCGGAUAUAUCACUGCAGAAUUCUUUCCUCAUGACAUUUCAGAACAUCUGGAGUUUUCAGUUGGGGAUAGAAAAUACUAUGGUGACUUUUACAAUGCUCCUCUAGCAAGAGGGAAAGACUACUGCAUAAUUCUAAGGAUUAUAAGCAAGUUGAACAAGGUGAGAACACAGUCAUGUAUGUUGUUAACAGAAAUAAGGGAUUUACAUCCUAUCAGGCAUCAUGUGACGGUGGCAUUGCUGGUCUCAGUUGUACUCAUCUUUAUUGCCAUAGGUUUUACCUGCUAUAUGGCAUGGUACUGUAGAAGAUAACAAAGAAAACGAGUUUUCAUUUAAACACUGCUCUACCCUGAAUAAAUCGUCUGUGUGCUCAAUUCCUCCAUGGGUUCAUUGGUUUCUGAAAAGCAAGACAAUAUUGAGUCCAGUCAGUCAAAGCCAAAAUGAAUACUAUGACAAUAACCUAAGAGCAGUAAAUCGGUUUAGACAUGGCUUGUGUCCCCAAAACACAUUCGAGGCACUAUUCCAUUUGUUUUAUAAACAUAGGCCAAGGCUAAAUUAUUGUUUUCCGUGCUAUGAAUCUUAUUAUUGUACACAAAAGCUCCUUACUGUUUGUUAUUCCUGAAAAAUUGAAACAACGCAGAAUUUCCACAGGUAGCAAUACGCCAAACCAUCCCACGCUGUAACUGUUUCUUAUUCCAUACGUCUACAUAUUUUGUACAGGUAGCACUUUCUCAAGGCCCUACAUAUGGCAAUUUUGAAUUGUUUUAAUUUUCAUGAAUAAAGAAUGAAGAUUUAAACCACCGAACAGUAAGGAACCUUUGUCUACAGUGGCUAUAUCUUCAGUUUUUUAAGUUAUGUUUGUGGCAGGACCACCCACCUAGCAAUCCGAGAUACUAAUAUUAAGUAACUGAUUAAAGCAGCGGUAUCAAUCUAUAUCUAAGUUAGUGCUCACAUUUUCUCAAUUAUUGCUAAUUACUGAUUCUGAUCUAUUAUUAUUAUUGUA